UGGAAAGUAUGUCGUGUAAAAAUGGAAUUUUAGUGUGGUUGCUUGAUUUCCAUUUUGUUCCAUGCUCAUUUUUUCUUUUUCCCCAAGGCGCUGAGUUAGCCAAGAGAGAGGCAUGAGACCUUAAGUUUUCUACCGCCAUUUUCGCCACCAUUCUCGCUGCCGUUUUCGCCACCAUUUCCGCUGCCAGCAUCGUUAUCACUGCCGUGUCUGUUGUAGUAGAGAGCUUUUGGAUUGAUCCACCUCUUCUAUUAAUGCAUCUGUUCUCUCUAUACUGUCAUUACUGCCACUGUUGCCACCACAGUAUUUGCUGCCGUUGCCGCCACCGUUUCUGCCAUCGAUACCACUGUAGUUGCCGUGGUACAACACAUUUUCAGAUCUGUUCACUUCGGAGCUUCUUCUUCAACAACGCUUUCUCUCACUCCAAUUUCUCCUUUGAACUACUGCUGGAUUGCGGUGAUCGAACAAACAGGAAUCGGAAAGAAUGCCAGCCACGUAUAUUUCUUCAAUUUCAAUCACUUUUCGAUGAUUUGAUUCUUUUUCACGAGCCUAAUGCAAUAGAAAAUGGUCCCUAUGACUAUACCAGAAGUGGAAAUCCCACUCGAGAUGCUUUAGAAAGUUUGUUGGCGAAACUUGAUAAGGCGGAUAGAGCCCUAUGCUUCACCAGUGGAAUGGCUGCUCUGAGUAUUAUUUCUCAUCUUGUUCAAGCUGGUGAGGAAAUUGUUGCUGGAGAUGAUCUAUAUUAUGGAACAGACAGGUUGCUGUCCCGAGUAAUUCCAAAGAAUGGCAUUGUGGUCAAAUGGGUAAAUACAACUGAUCUUAAUGAGGUUGCAUCUGCUAUUGGACCUCGGACUAAGUUUGUGUGGCUUGAGAGCCCAACCAAUCCUCGACUACAAAUUACUGAUAUUCGAAUUUGCUAGCAGAGGUGUGUAGAAGAGAGAUAGAAGCAAACAUUAAACCUGAUCCAGAUAUCGAUAUUUAUAUGAAAGCCAGAGCAGCUGGAGGCCACAAAGCGAAUAUUAUAACAGAUUACAUUCUAAGGGUUUUGGGACUUGAGAUCUGUGCAGAUACUUUUGUGGGGAAUGCAAUGUUAAGAGGUUUCUUUUGUGGCGUAAAUUAUCUACUCUACAAACAUUUUUCUCCUGGUCUAUCUUACCAUAGAUAUGUUUGUAAGUUGUAACACC